AGCUAGCAAUUUACGUCCUCCCCCUCCGCCCUUUUCCCUCGUUAUCCUAUUCCGCGAGUGACCAUGGACGCAAACUGUACUAUAGCCACAACCUGCAACCCCUUCAUCUUCCCUUGUCGAUGACCUCGAUCAUUGAGUAACAGGACAUAAGACAGACCAACAUGAUGCCCCUGCCUUUUUGAUUCACAAAAAAGUUCGCAACUUGUUCAUUCGUGAUAAGCCAAUCCCAUACAACAUAGGCAACGAACAAUGGCGCUUCAUUUUGAAACUCGCGGCCGCUGCGAGCACAAUACCUGUGGUCGCCCCCUAUUGUCCGCGAAGAUUAUAUCGACCGUAGCUCUUUUCGGUCUGAAGCUCCAGCUAGCAGGGCUUGUGUUACAUGACGAGGAUAGCCUGGUGAAAGCGUUUCUUUUCGUGAAGAAGAAUCAGGAGACAAAAAACAAAAAGCAUCUGAUCGAUGUGGACAACAAUAAUAAAAAGGCUUCUACUCUUGUUCUUGAAGGAGACGGGACAGAGACCACGCAGAGCCAGCUACUCGACGAGGCACCUAAAAAAGUGCUUGCAACAAAUGCGGAUAAUUCAAAGGAGACGGCCGAGGACGCGCGGCAUUAUGGGGCGCCAACGGAACUGGAAAAGCAAACAGAAAGUUGGGUCGUGCUGAGUCAGAACGGCACUCCAAAAGAACAAGAAGGAGGCGGUGGGGAAGGGACUGCUGCGACCAGACCAGAUUCCACCGGAGGACCAGGACAUGCAGUUCCGCCUCCUGUGGAUAACCCGCCGUACAUGAGGUCGCUUUAUUCCCCGGCUGCAGCUCCCCUCGACAGUCCUGGACUGAAUACCCCACUGAUCGUUGCGGGGUCCAUCGGGCUCUUCAUUGCGGCGGCCAUCCUUGGUGCGGUGGCGUAUUGGUUUUGCUUCGUCAGGGAGAGCGCAUCUAACAAGAGCGAUGUCGGGGGCCAGAAGAGUAGAUCGGGCGAAGGCAAAAGCAAAACAGGCAAAGAUGCGAACACGAAGUACUACUCCAACGAGCCAGCGUCCGCCGCACUGCAACGGCUGAACGUCGCGAGCGGCGGGGAUGCUCAGGGUGUAGACGGCUCACAACAGUUUUUGCUUGCGCAAGAAGACCGAAAACUCGGCGAGACAGGUACAACCUGGACGAGCAACUUUGUUAUACAACAACAGCAGCAAAUGGGGCAAAAUCCUCUUCAAAACGGAGGUACAACAAUGCCCGGCGAGGGAAUGAAAAUCAGUGCGCAGGCGGCACCUUUGUCUCCUCUGGAUCCCUCGGAAGCCGCCUCCGCCACCACCGGGAACACGAGUCGGUCCACCAAUGCGGCCUUCAAGUCGCAGUCGAUGGGGGCCGCAGACUUGAUGAAUGCGUCCGCCACCACGGGCGGCGAGACGAACGCUUCGCUGACAAACGUGAACCAGUCGAUUGGAAGCCACCUGCUCGGCUACGGCGCCGCAGCCGCGAGAGCUACGGGCGGGGACGCUGGUGGACCGCCGAGCUCCAAAAAGUAUUAUGGCUCCAACAUCGGUAAUAUGAACAAUAUCACACCAUCUGGGCUAUCCAACCUCGGCAUCACACCAUCGGGGUUCAUCGCACCAUCGGGGAUAUCGGGCAGCCUCAACUUGAUCGCGGCCGCCCCGGAGCCAAACGACAAGAGCAACCUGGUUCGCGGAAGAUCGAAGGGAGAGCUAGACAAGUCGGAGAAGAAGAAAUCGAAAGUAACUCCUUGAAAAAAGCACUCGUUCCCGUGUCUUUUGUGCGCGCCGUUGUGAAAAGUAUUUAUUUUGAAAGAUUUGCUUUUGCAUUUGCUUAGAUGGCAGUGGCACAUUGUGGUGUUCAUCGUGGAAAUUAAAAGUCACGUCUCGUCCUCACAUUUGUGGGGUGUGUUGGGUAGAUGUCCAGCUGGAGAAAAAUCUAGUUGAAGUUAGAAACUUCUUCUAUCGGAAGUACGCGACGAGAACAACUCUGCAUGAUGAUGAAGACAACGAUGAACACGACAGCACAUAGCAUGGUUAGUACGAGUGCAGUAUGCGCUUUGAUAAAACGCGUUUACCCCGGAGACGCGACGCGAGGUAGCUGAGAUUGAACCCGGGUUCCAGAAAAAGCAAAAGGACAGCUCUCGUAAGACGGACAACGACCGGAAGACGGACCCGGACGGGGACAAGAAGGACCGGAAGACGGACCGGGACGGGGACAAGAAGGACCGGAAGACGGACCGGGAAGGCGACAAGAAGGACCGGAAGACAGACCGGGACGGGGACAAGAAGGACCGGAAGACAGACCGGGACGGGGACAAGAAGGACCGGAAGACGGACCGGGAAGGCGACAAGAAGGACCGGAAGACGGACCGGGAGAAGGAGAAAGAACGAAAGGCUUCGAAGGAGCGGUCCCGGUCGCGCGGGGCCGCGGAGCUGGAGAAAAAGGGCAUCCUCAAGAGCGCAGCGAACGAUUUUCUCACGCUAAAGAGUGCCACGUCGUCCUUCACGACUCGCCGGGAUCGGGAAGGGCGGUCCAAGGAGAAGGAGACGAAGGGAGAGGUCAGUAGGAAGGAAACGAAGGAGAAGAAGGAACUGAGUAGGAAGGACACUGGUGAGAAAGAGACGAGGGACAAGAAGAAGAGUAGAAUUGACUACCCGCUCAACGCGGCGGAAAUCGCCAAACUCAACAGGAUGGCCACGGACGAGGAGGAGCAUAUGAGAGGCACGGACCAGCCCGGUUUCGACGAAAGCAUCGCUUAUUAGUGGAUGAUUGAACACCAGUUGCACCAUAUAAAUGCAUUUGAUUCCUCAUCAUUAUGCUACUUUUUACUUUAGCUAACCGCUAAAGCCUAAGACGCACUUGAGAACCAUAAACCCAUUCAUUUACGAUUUUUUUAUGCUGCCCCCCUGUUUUUUUUAAAAAAAUUGAGUAUACCCGCUUGCUCUGACGGUGACCACGUUGAGACGCUUUAGGCUUCUAGCAUUCGAAAGACGAUCAUGACCCUAGAAGUUCUUAUGCGAUUCAUCGAGAAGAGAGAGCAUUUCCCCCAGUCAUGAGUAAAAUCAUACGAACAAAGUUUUUGAAGAGUACUCUUACCCGACCCAUAAUUUUCGUUUUGAGUGCGGGCCGCAGUGAAGCACAAAAG